CACGCACUCCCCGCAACCCCUCCCUCACUCCUCCCUUCCUCCCGGGUGCUCAGCCUCCGCCGGCCGCGGUCGCUGCAUCCUCGGCGGGCGGCGACAAGGAGGCAGCAAGGGGCGGCCGCCGGCAGAGGCACCAUGUGACGGGCACCGCUGAGUGACACGCAGCUUCGGUUAAAGAGCGGGCGUGCAGGAGGGGAGGCGACGGCACGCUGGACGCGGAGGAAUAGCCUGACUUUCCCAGCUAAACCGUCACGAGCCAUGGAUGCACAGGGGGGACGCGCCCCCCAAUAGGAGAAUGACUGCGAUUCGAGACCCUCGGCGGCCGAGCAUGUGGAUGUAAGUGCGAGGCUGGCGAGCACCGUGUGGGUGGGGGUUGGUGGUGGGGGGAGAUUCUGAUGCAAUCGGCCCCGAAAGGAGGAGGAGAGACAGGAGAGCGCGGGCUGGGGCAGCCACGCCGCUCCGCCUGAAGGUCGCCGCCCUUCACCUUCCUCGGAAAUCCGCCACGCCACGCUGAGCCUCCCCGCCCAGACCUCACUGACGGAGGCCACCUUUCCUCCGCUGAGGCAGCCAGACCUUGACACAAAGGACAUCGCACGGCCGGGGGAAAAUCCCGGAAGGGCGGAUACCUUGACGUCUCCUUUUGCCACUUUUCCUUUAUUGCCCGAGAUAUUUAUCACGUGCCUACUGUGUGCCAGGCACUAUAUCUAUGUGCGUAGAAAAAUCCUUGAAAGUUAUACUCCAGUAUAUAUACAGUGAUCAUCUCUGCUUGCUGAGAUAACAGGGGUGUGAACCUUAUAUUUUUGCUGCUAUCCAUUUGUAAAUACACUCAGAAAAGGAGGAUUUGGACGACAGGUACUUUCUAAACAUGAUGCAUUUCAAAAGUGGACUUGAAUUAACUGAAUUGCAAAACAUGACAGUGCCCGAAGAUGAUAACAUUAGCAAUGAUUCCAAUGAUUUCACCGAGGUAGAAAAUGGUCAGAUAAAUAGCAAGUUUAUUUCUGAUCGUGAAAGUAGAAGGAGUCUCACGAACAGCCAUUUGGAAAAAAAGAAAUGUGAUGACUAUAUUCCAGGAACAACCUCCUUGGGCAUGUCUGUUUUUAACCUAAGCAACGCCAUUAUGGGCAGUGGGAUUUUGGGACUCGCCUUCGCCCUGGCAAAUACCGGAAUCCUACUUUUUCUGGUACUUUUGACUUCAGUAACACUGCUGUCUAUAUAUUCAAUCAACCUUCUGUUGAUCUGUUCAAAGGAAACAGGCUGCAUGGUUUAUGAAAAGCUGGGAGAACAGGUCUUUGGCACCACAGGGAAACUUGUCAUCUUUGGAGCCACCUCCCUACAGAACACUGGAGCAAUGCUGAGCUACCUCUUCAUAGUAAAAAAUGAACUACCCUCUGCCAUAAAGUUUCUGAUGGGAAAGGAAGAGACAUUUUCAGCCUGGUACGUGGAUGGCCGCCUUCUGGUGGUGAUAGUUACUUUUGGCAUAAUUCUCCCUCUGUGUCUCUUGAAAAACUUAGGCUAUCUUGGCUAUACUAGUGGAUUUUCCUUGAGCUGUAUGGUUUUUUUCCUAAUUGUGGUUAUAUACAAGAAAUUUCAAAUUCCCUGCAUUGUUCCAGAGCUAAAUUCAACAAUAAGUGCUAAUUCAACAAAUGCUGACAUGUGUACGCCAAAAUAUGUUACCUUCAAUUCAAAGACCGUGUACGCUUUACCAACAAUUGCAUUUGCAUUUGUCUGCCACCCGUCUGUCCUGCCAAUUUACAGCGAGCUUAAAGAUCGAUCACAGAAAAAGAUGCAGAUGGUUUCAAAUAUCUCCUUUUUCGCCAUGUUUGUUAUGUAUUUCUUGACUGCCAUUUUUGGCUACUUGACAUUCUAUGAAAAUGUGCAUUCAGACCUCCUCCACAAGUAUCAGAGUAAAGAUGACAUCCUCAUCCUGACCGUGCGGCUGGCUGUCAUUGUCGCUGUCAUCCUCACUGUGCCGGUGUUAUUUUUCACGGUUCGCUCUUCUUUAUUUGAACUGGCUAAGAAAACAAAGUUUAAUUUAUGUCGUCAUGUCUUGGUGACCUUCAUACUCCUGGUUAUUAUCAACUUGUUGGUGAUCUUCAUACCCUCCAUGAAGGAUAUUUUCGGAGUCGUAGGAGUUACGUCUGCUAAUAUGCUUAUUUUCAUUCUUCCUUCGUCUCUUUAUUUAAAAAUCACAAGCCAAGAUGGAGAUAAAGGAACUCAACAAAUUUGGGCUGCCCUUUUCUUGGGUCUGGGGGUGGUGUUUUCCCUGGUCAGCAUUCCCUUGGUUAUCUACGACUGGGCCUGCUCAUCAAGUGGUGAUGAAGGCCACUGAGACCAGAUGGAAAAAGAAACAGUCAAGUUACCACUCAUCAGCAAGCCCUCAUCACAUCCUUUGCAAGUUUACAGAAGCAAACAGAA